GUUAUCAGCGCUGUAUGAACACGAAGCCUGCCCUAACUGUAUUUAUCAAGGCUGUAAACACCAUAAGGGCUGACCCAGCUCAAUAACAAUUCUUUUACAAGUGCAGCUAGUAGGGUUUACGUGUAGCAGCCAUUUUUAUGGAGACCAACAUUAUUUCAAUGUUUUACGCCUUUUUAUCUCGUGUCUUUAGAACUAUGUGGAAUUCUUGGAAAUUACACCCUGCUCGAGCAAUGAACUUGGCAACGAGUGAGAAAGAGAUGGAAGUUAGAUAUGUGAAACCUUGUGCUGCAUUUAGAGGAGGAUGGUAUAUUCCAACUAUUUUGUAAUGGCUGCAUCCACAUUUUAGUGCAAGUCUUGCCUGGUUGUAUGCUCCACAUAUAUUUAUUAUUAUUAUCACAAGCAUGUCCUUCUCUGAAACCAGAAACCCUACCGUUUUGGACAUUCUGAUAAGUUCUCUAUAUACUUUGAAAAAUACAGAUUUCAAAAGAUUUCUGUGUAAGCUGUCAGAUUUUCAUUAUGGAGACAAAGGUCCCAUUGAACGUGGACGCCUGGAAGGAGCAAACCAGAUUAAAACUGCAAGACUUCUUAUGGAUUAUUAUGGAGAAGAGAAUGUUCUGGAAUUGACUUUUCAAGUCUUCAAUAGUAUAGACUUGCGAGGACCUGCAGAAGAACUUCAAGAGGAACAAAGAAGGAUAAGUUCUUCUAUGAAUACUAAACAAAUUCAACAUUGCACCGUUUGGGAUAUUCUUCUACGCUCCUUGAAUCACCUUGUAAAGGAAGAUUUUGAAAGAUUUCAGUAUAAGUUGUCAGAUGUUCACGAAGAUGGCAAAUGUCCCAUUGAAUUUGGACUGUUGGAAGGUGCUGACCGCAAUAAAACAGCAAAAAUUCUUAUGGACUACCAUGGUGAAGAGAACGUUCUUGAAUUUGUAUAUCAAGUUUUCAUGACCAUGAACCUAAGGAGACCUGCAGACAAUCUGCUGAAGGAACGUGCAGUGAUUGAUAAACUAAACAAGGAAUUUUCAGAAAAAAGUGUGACCAACUUCAGACAAAAUUACAUGGAAGAAGUAAAGGAUCAAUACCAAUGGAUGAAAGAGAAAAAUGGUCUUUUAGGAGAUAUGUUUAACAUGGAGAGACGAUAUACCAAAUUGUUGCUUUUAAAAAAACACUCUAACGAAAAGGAGAGAGAAAAUGAAAUAAAAUAUUCAGGAACAAAACAUCUAGAAAUGAUGGCUGACCGAUCGUUGAAUCAUUCCAUGACCUCUAUUGAGGCUUUGUUUGAUCCUGAUGAAAAGGGAGAGAGUCCAAAGAUUGUGGUGUUACAAGGACCAGCAGGCAUUGGAAAAACCAUGACAGCGCAGAAGAUCAUGCUGGACUGGGCUUCUGGAAAUCUUUACCAGGACAAAUUCAACUAUGUUUUUUAUAUGAGUUCUACGGAAAUUAACCAAAUUACUGGUAAAAUGACCAUCGCUGGUUUUAUAAGAGAAAUAUGUCAGCUUUCGUGCUCACAGCAAGUGAUGCAGUCAAUUUUGCAAGACUCUGAAAAAAUACUUUUUCUUGUUGAUGGUUUUGAUGAACUGGACCAGUCUUAUAUGAUUAACAGAGCAGCAUAUAAAAAUUAUAACCAUGAAACCACCAAAGAAAUAUUUUUAAGUUGUCUAUUUGCCAAACGUGUUCUUAAGAAAUCUUCAGUUGUUAUCACAACAAGACCAUUCAUGCUGGAGAAACUGAAAAACUUUAUUACUUGCAAUAGCUAUGUGGAAAUAUUAGGAUUAAAAGACCGUGAGGAAUAUUUCUUAAAUUUCUUUGAAAAGAAAGAACAAGCAGCGCGAUUCCUUGAUUUAAUAAAACAAAAUGAAGUUCUAUUUACAUUGUGUGCUGUCCCUAUGGCAUGCUGGAUAGUCUGCACAGUGCUGCAACAGCAACUAGAGGAAGAUCUAAAGGUAAUUCAUUAUAACACAUCCACCUCUGUUUACAGACUUUACGUGGAGAGCUUAUUGACAUAUCAUAAGAGACACUCUGACCUACCAAUCAACAACUACAUAAAGAGACUGUGUGCCUUGGCCAAGGAUGGUGUUUUGAAUCAAAAAGUAAUCUUUAAGAAGUCAGAUAUCAGUAAUUUCCAACUUCCUGUUUCAAAUAUAAAAUCUCUGCUCCUGAAUGAGAACAUGUUUCGGAGGGUAGUUACACCUCAGACUUGUUACAGUUUCAUUCAUUUAAGUGUACAGGAAUUCUUUGCUGCUCUUCAUUAUCUACUGAAUGAAGAAACAGAAAGCCCAAGCAUAAAGGAGGAAAUCAGGUCUUUGCUAGAGAUGUCUGAGAAAGAUCCACAUUUAGCAUCAACAGUAAAAUUCUUGUUUGGUCUCUCCAGCGUAAAACAAAUUAAUGAGUUUGAGGAAAUCAUCGGUUGCAAAUUUUUCUCUGGUUCAAAAGAGAUGUUGGAAGAAUGGCUGAAGAAAAGAAUAUCAACAUGUCAAUGUCAUAAUGAUAUGCUGCAUUACUUAUAUGAGAUCCAGGAUGAUGAUAUUAUUAGGAGAAUAAUGCCUCAAUGUUUACAGUUGCAGACUGAAGGUUUGAUAUGUGGAUCUGUCAACAGUCAGGACAGCCUCAUUGAUAGGUCUUUGUCCUUCUGUUUGGAGAAAAGCACAAGUUACCAUGACAUUACAUUUAACUUGCACUCAUUUAGUCAAGAUGCAUUGAAAAUGUUAUCACCAAGAAUUCGCAAGAUUUCAAAACUCAAAUUUGAUUGGUGCCAAUUUCCUGAUGCAGAUAUAUCAUGCCUUUUUGAGCGUGCUAAUAAAAUUAAAGAACUGCAAUUCAUUCGCUGUGAUCUGACUCCAUUAUGCUGCAGAUAUCUUUUAUCUACUAUUAAAAAUCGAUAUUUGACUAAACUGGACAUGACAUGGAAUGAACUGCAGGACUCGGGAGCAAAAGUACUUUGUGAUGGCUUAAGGCAAUCAGAGUGUAAAAUACAAGAACUGAGGUUGGAGAAGUGCAAUCUUACUUCAUUUUCCUGUGAGGAUAUCUGCUUUGUUAUUUUAAACAAAUGUCUGGCCAAACUUGAAUUGUCACAGAAUGAAUUGCAGGACUCAGGAGUGAAAUAUUUGUGUGGGGGUCUCAUGCAGUCAGGAUGUGUGCUGCUUGAAUUGCGAUUGGAAGACUGUAAUUUGACAUCAAUCUGUUGUGAAGAUUUUUACUCUGUUUUUAUUACAAACCGAUCCCUGAUCAAUUUGGACCUGUCCGAGAAUAAACUGAAUGACUCAGGUGUAAAACUUUUAUGUGAAGGUCUAAAGCAUCCAGGCUGUACAAUACAGGAGCUGAGGUUGCGGAAAUGCGAUCUCACCGUAUCUUGCUGUGAGGAUCUGAAGUCUGUUCUUGUUCAUAACCUGUCAUUGAAAAACCUGGACCUAUCCAGUAAUGAUAUAGAGGACUUGGGAGUAAAACAUCUGUGUGAAGGUCUUCAACACCCUGGCUGCAUUCUACAGGAGCUUAGGUUGGAUUCUUGUCUUCUAACCUCAUCAUGCUGUGAGAUUUUCUAUUCUGUCCUUGUUAUCAAUCGAUCCUUGACCGAACUGGAUUUGUCGUGGAAUGAUCUACAUGACUCAGGAGUAAAACAUUUGUGUGAUGGUCUCAAGAAUCAAGGAUGUGUGCUGAAACAGUUGAUCUUAGAAGAUUGUGGUUUGACAUCCAACUCUUGUGAGGAUUUACACUCUGUUAUCAUUACUAACCAGUCUAUGACUAAGCUUAACCUGGCUGCGAAUGAAUUCAAGAAACCAGGGAUACAUCUUCUUCGUCAGGGUCUCAGACAUCCAAAUUGUACCCUGCAAGAGCUGAGGUUGUCUAGUAGACCUAUAAAUGUUGAUGAAUACAGAAAAAGGAGAGGACUUCUUCAAAAUGAGGAGAUUCCCUUGGGCUAAAUUCCAAAUGACAAGGUCCAACUUUGUAUGCUCCUUGAGAUUCUUUGCAACAGGCUUUACAUUUGGAGGACAUGUCCCAAAAUGAAUCAUA